AUGGCGGCACAGGAAGACCUGGGCGAUGCGGAGCCCGCCUUCAUCGUCACCCCAACCACCCACCUCAGACCCGCAGGCAACACAGGAACACACCUGGGUGGGCAAGAUACCCGGAACACCACCCCCCAGGGAGUUGGACGGAGGCAGCAGGAAAUCGCCCUGCUCGUCACGGCGUCCCUGAUGAAAGGCUCAACCGGAACACUGGACUCCGAGCGUAUCACGGACGUCAAAGUCUCACGGGACGACGACCUUCCCCCCCCUCCCCCAGACAGCGCACCCGAAGGGAAACUAGCGAUUAUCGACGACCAACUCAUCGCGAACCGCGCAUACACGGCCGUAGACAAGGACCGCCCCCGCCGGGUGGAGAUACCCAUUGCCCAGGCACCGGCCGGCGGGUGGACCAUGCCACACAUGCGUUUCCGACUCCAACAGCUGGAAGACAUACAAGAGCGCCAGGUACGCGACUGGGCAGAGGAAGACGAAAACCUCAGCAAUAACAUCCUCAUCACCGUCUUUGAUAAGCCAAACCUCUCAGCGGACGAUGCCCAGGACGCCUUUGGAGAAGUACGCGCCGUGAUUCAGGCUUUCCUCGAGGACGGCGCACGACUGAGAAUUAUUAUGCCGGUGGCAGCGGACAAACGCCAACCCCGCACGGGACUACUCACCUACCUGACGGCAGAGAACAAAGCCCGCAUCCUCACGCAGGGUGUCUUCGCCUCCGCCGAUGUAGCCUUCCUCGCCCUCAGUUUCGAUGACAUUGUCGUCAACCCGUUGUACUACCUCACACUUAAAGGACCUCUGGACGUGGAUGCUGACCUCAUGCUCUACGCCGUCCAGGUAGCCCUCGCAGGGAAAGCCUCCAAUAUCGUUAUGGCCCUCGGCAUGGACCCCAACAACGACAAAGCUAUCGAACAGGUCAACAACUUCAUAUACAACCUGGAAUGCCAGAUACUUCCCUUCCUCGUGCCCAAGGGACGCCCGCAACCACGAUACAAUAUAUACGGCCCGGUAAUCAACACCUCGCUCCCUUGCGCAUACCGCGACGUCCAUGCGAUCAUGUCGAAGACCAACUUCUGGCACUCGCGGGUUGGACCCGUCGAACAGUGCCACGCCGGCCAAUGCACCUUUUGCUACGGAGUCGACCACGUAUACGGCCUGUGCCCGAUCCGAGAGCAGAUCCCGGCGGGCUUCCACGGAUCGACCAAGAACUCCUCAACGCACACCCAAGACCAAGGGCGCAGAGGAGAGGACGUGCCCCCCACCGCCGGGCACGGCCUCGACGACGUUCGGAGAGGUUUCGGAGGCGGAAAUGCUGAACAGGUUCAGGACGACCAAGCCCCGAAAGGCCCGAAGAGGGCAAAACAUGCCCACCUAAAAGUGGCGACCCUGAACAUGAACGGACACACCGUGCAGGGCGGAACCCCACUGAACAAGUGGAAUGACAUACAUGCUAUGAUGCGGGACAACAAGAUCGCCAUCAUCGCGCUCCAGGAAACUCACCUCACAGAACAAAACCUAGAAGCAAUAACGAGAAUGUAUGGGAAACGCCUAUGGAUCUACAACUCGGCGGACCCAGAGCAGCCGUCCAACUCCGCCGGAGUAGAUGGCGGACAUCGCGAGACUGCACCACGAGCGGCUACAGCAUGA